AUGGACAGGGAUCUGAGUGAAAACGACAGUGUGGUGGACCUCAGCUUUGAGGCCGAGAGUCCGCUGGCACCCCCUGCUGAGCUCCUGGAGAGAUUGCCCAGCUAUGACUGGCUUCUUGAAGGAGGUGGACGGCAGAUAUUCUUCCCACCUCUGGAGGCUCCCGGGAGACCUUUGGAACAAAGGUGCUGGUCCUCAUUCAUGGAACACAGCAGAGUCCCUAUGGUGACAGAGCAAGUGGCUCGGGAAGCCCUUCUCAGCUUUGUGAGCUCCAAAUGCUGCUACGGCAGCGCGGCUGCCGGUGACCUCAUCAUCCAGGAGCUCAAGCAGCAGACUCUCUGCAGGUAUCGACUAGAGACUUUCACUGAAUCCAGAAUAAGUGAAUGGACAUUUCAACCCUUUACUAACCAGUCAGUGGAUGGGCCGCAAAGAGGGACCUCCCCCAGGCUUUGGGACAUCAAAGUCCAGGUCCCCCCGAUGUUUCAGGAAGACACGAGGAAGUUUCAAGUCCCUCACUCAUCACUGGUCAAGGAAUGCCACAAAUGCCAUGGGCGUGGGCGUUACAAGUGCAGCGGCUGCCACGGGGCAGGCAUGGUGAGGUGCCCGUCCUGCAGCGGAGCCAAGCGCAAAGCCAAGCAGUCCCGCAGGUGUCCGAUGUGCUCAGGGUCUGGCAGGCGGAGGUGCAGCACGUGCUCAGGGAGGGGCAGCAAGACCUGUGCCACCUGCAAAGGGGAGAAGAAGCUGUUGCACUUUAUCCAGCUGGUCAUCGUGUGGAAGAACAGCCUGUUUGAGUUUGUGACUGAGCACCGCCUGAAUUGCCCUGGGGAACUCCUUGCUAAAGCCAAAGGAGAAAGCCUCUUUAAGGAUGAAAACACCAUGGUGUACCCCAUUGUGGAUUUCCCGCUGCGGGAGAUCUCUCUGGCCUCGCAGAGGGGCAUCGCGGAGCACAGCGCCGCCCUGCCUUCCCGCGCACGAGUCCUUCAGCAGCGCCAGACCAUUGAGCUGAUCCCCCUCACAGAAGUGCAUUACUGGUACCAAGGACAGACUUACGUCUACUACAUCUACGGCACAGACCACAGAGUGUACAUGGUUGAUUACCCUGAGCGGUACUGCUGUGGCUGCACCAUCAUCUGAUGGGACCCAGCCAUCUCCAGAGCCGGGAGGUUACUCAUCAUUGGCUACAUCGGACAAUCCUAUACAAACCCUGGGG